AUGCUGAGAAACAAGGAAGCGGGCCUUCGGCCUCAAUUAGAGUCUUGUAUGGUUCAGACCGGCCUCCUUAUCAAUGUUAUCCGAUCGCUGACCACAAGUGUUUCUGAGGAUCAGCGUGAAUUAGAAAAAUCGCGAUUGCAAAAAGGAUUCCAGGAAUCUGAAGCACUCAUCGAUAAGUUAGUCAAAUCUCAUCAGCAUGAUGUUGAGGAAUGUCUUGACUCGUUCAGAGAUGUUUCCACGCGAAUAUCAGCGUGUCGUGAACGAAUUCACAAUGUUCGAAAUGCUCUCCACACUUGUAAAACCCAUUUGGAGUGUCGACGUGACGAUCUGAAAAAGCUCUGGCUUGAGAAUUCACUACAAAAACAUAUCUGUGAAAUAAUGGCACAAUUAGAUGAAUUGAAAGAGGCUCCAUCGAAGAUUGACACUCUUAUGAAUCAGGGAAACUAUACGGAUGCAGCCAAGAUAACUAGCACAUCAAGAGACCUUUUGAAUGGACGACUAUCUAAAAUCGAGGGCUUGUGCCAACUGCGCACUAUGAUUCGGGAAACUUCCGAACGUCUGAGCGAAAAGAUUGUCGAUCAAAUCGUCGAUAUCCUGGUUGUGGAUCCAUUCGAACAUCACAUGUUCGACUUGGUUCAAGCGAUGCCCGAGCAACGCGUAUUGGAAUCGGAACAGUGCUCUCGUCUUCAUGAUAAGGCGAAGUUGUCUCGUUCCCAUGAACCAGUGGAAGCCCGUCUUCGCCUUGCCGUUGCAGCUCUUUCAGAGUUAGGUGGCGGUUCUGUGGAUAUGGAUCGUGUAAUGUCCUUAUCCAGAGCACAAAUCGACAAGCAGGUAGCCGCAUCCGUAUCCCUCAUGAGAAUCCGUGCUACAAUCGAUGAGAACUUGGCUGGAGAUCAGACUCACUUGACGCAGCUUGUUCAAAUGAUUGUUUGUCAACUGGAAUCGUCACGAACGGCUCAUAAAGUUCUUGAGAAAAUCUGCGAAGAAUCGCCUUCAAGUACCAAAAUAAUGAAAUUGUACUGGGAAGGUGCCCAGAAUGCUGUAGAGGCGCUUGUCUCUGAUCACUUGGAUAUUACUCCACUUGCUGCGAAGGAGCCGAUCGAUUCAAAGAAACCGCUGUUUCGAUUUGAUGCCACUGCAUUUGCGAGUGGAACAUCGACCACUGAUCCGAGUUUGCAGGUGAUUGCAGUCGUAACUUCAGCGAAUUGGCGAAUUGUAGAGAUGUUACAGAGCCCUUUGGUUGUUUGCCGUCCUUCUGCAUUCAAUAUUGUGCCAAUGUUUCCCUGGCUGCGUAAGCUGAUGGAUUCUAUCGAGAAGGAAACGGCCGAAUCUCCAUGUCAGUUGAGGCGCUUUUCCGACUACAAAAUUCAUUUCUCCGAAAAUUUUUCCAGACGCUUCGUACACUCCUUCGUUAUGGAGCUCUUUGUGGAACGAGUGAAAGCAGGGCUUGCUGAUCGUAUUGAAAACGCCUUGAGGAGAUCGGACAAUACACGGCCCAGAACUAGUGUUAACUCGAAAGUACUGCCAUCGUGCGAACGCGUAUUGGAACUUUGUCAAGAGGUACACGGUUUGAUUGUAUCCAUGGACUUGUAUGCAGACAGAUUUGCUGCUCUCUGGUUACUUGUGCUGACUGACUACAAUAAGAACGUCACGGAUAUGUAUGAAAGGACUACAAAAUCGCUUAGCGAAAUCGAUGGUGUGGCUUCGAGACGAAAAAUCAGUGCUGCAUGGGCUGCCGAUGAAGAUAUUUCAAGAUUACUUAUGAGUCUUCCCAACUGGUUGAUGGCCGCCACAGAAGCUACUCCAAGUACGCCGAGUGUACCGAAUUUCGAAAGCGAGAAGGAUAUCCGCCAAAGGAACGAACGAGAAUCAGAAAUUCUUAUUGGAAAUCUCGCGACACAGAAGAAAAUUGAGCGUGCCGAACUGUUGACCGAUAUAUCGGAUGUGCGAUCCCUUGCCGCCUUACAUGAAAGCUUAAGAUGGUUUGCUUGCGAGGUCCGUCGCCUGAUCAACUCGCUUCCUCAGCAUGUGAAGACGAAUCUUCGUGGAUGUAUGGUCCAGGUUCGAUUCAAGGAUGGACAGAUAACCGAUAACGAACCUGUUCUGGAUGCUAUGGAGGAUUGCAUCAGUCGAUUGGAUUCUAUUUCUGACACUUGUUUACUGAUGUUGCAUCUUGAACUGCGUGUUCACUGCUUCUUCCAUUUGCUGCCGUUGGCUCGUCCGAGAAAUGUCAGCGUUCAUGAAGAGCUGGAUGCAGAGGUAAUCGAGCUUGGACGUGAUCUGCAAUCAUUCCAUCAAUUGCUAUCCUCAAUUCUGUCACAACCGAAGCUUCGAUACAUUUUUGACGGUCUUGGUCAUCUUUGUGCUGCGAUAUUCAUCCACUCUAGUCAACAUAUGCCACGAUUGUCCGAAGCUGGCAAAAAACGUGUCUGUCGCAAUAUUUGGGGCGUUCAACAACGACUAUCCCAAAUCACAUCACGUCGUGAAGCAGAGCUCGAUCGGGCUCGAGCAUUCUUCGAACUUCUUGCCCAUGAACCUGAUCAUCUUCUCGCACAGUUGCCAGAUCGUCGAUCCCAAUUUACUCCUGUUGAAAUGGGACAUCUCGUCGCUCUGUCGGUACGCUCUCAUCCAACUCUGUCCAGUCAACAUGGUGCUCUUGAACAACGCCUUGCACAGCUUUCAUCGCUAUUGAAACAACCGGUUUGA